AUGGAGGCUGCGCGGGACUCGGUAACGACCGAGCUAGAGGGGUUGAGAUCAACAGUAGCCUCAGUAGAGGUUAUGCGAAAUUCAGCAAUAGCUGAGGUGGACCAGCGCAGGGAGGAGCUGUCUAGUUCGCAGAAAGAUGUGAGCAAAGAAAGGCUCGAAGUGCAGGGCCUCACCACUGUGCUGAAUGGUCUCAAGACGGCUGUCGAGGCGAUAAAAGCACGGCCAAAUGGCACUGGAAGCGCGGAGUCUGACUGGCAAAAGGCCGUGGAACUGCUGGCAUCACGACUGAACGCGUUCAAUAUCUUCGACGACGGUCGCUAUCUCACACAUUCUUCAGUCAUCCACGAAGUUGGAAUGGCAAUCGUGCGGGACGCGGAAUUCGAUAAGCUAAGGAGGUUCGUCGCGACUAUGGAGGUCAACGCGACCUAUUGUUUUUGGCAGGUGGUAGAGGCUGAGGAGGGAGACGAGAUCAUCAGACUGGAAAACUCCAAGGCAACGUGCCCCUUGCACACGAUGGAGGAACGCCUCAGCAAGAGUGACAAAUGUCUCAGAUUCAAAUGUAUAGUUCGCAAUGGCGACAGACAGCUCAUCGUGGGAAGAAAGACGAAGCGGACCACAGCUGUGCAGCAGUACGACUUGGACAUGGUUUCCCGGCAUCGUGUCGACCGCGACGAGCUUGCCGCCCAUAUCGAAGCGAACAACCGAGCGGCAAACCUGCUUCGGGCCAGCUUCAAUGACCCGAGCAUACGCACAUUCAGCAGUGGGUUCACGGGUGGGCCGUCCGCGCCUCCGCAGACUCCGCAGCCGCGGUGGCUCGACAACAUGUGCUUUACCCGCUUUAGUGCCCAGAGCGACCCGCCGCCGCCGCAGCAGCAGCAGCAGACGACGGGAUAUCACGCAGCCGCCCGCAGAGAGAGUGUGUCGGCUCCUCGGCAUGACUUCCACGACCGGGACUGCGGUGACCGGCCGCGCCGUGAUGCGCUCCCUGACGUUGGAAAGAGAAAGAUGACGGGGACCCCCGUUGCUGCUAACAAGAAGCAGAAGAUGAGUACAGAGAAUGGAACUUCCGCGUUUCAGGCAGCCCUGGUGAGUGAAGGAGCCGAUGGGGCCCUGGACUCUGAGUCCACCGCGGAUGGCGCGGUGGGAACUGGUGGUGUUGCCCAGGACGCUGGGUUAGACGAGGAGGAUGUGCAGACGCCGGCUGAGCCGACGCCGACUUGGGGCUCGUCCAAGACGUUCUUGGAAGCUACUGUCGACGAGGCCAUGGAUCAGGGCAAGUAA